AUGGCACCAGUCCAAUACUCUCACCAGACGCUGGUGUUUUACCCCCUGGAAGUGCCUGAGAUUGCACCCCAGGAACAUCUCAACACCUCAGAGACCUCAGAGGACAACGAAUCAACACAGUACCUCAAAGCCAGGCAGCGCGGGUUUGUGUUCACCCGCUGGCUACAGAGUAUUGACACGUCCGAAAGCGACAGGCCAGUAGUGGCGCUCUACGCCAGCCUCGACCGGCCCCAGGAGCUGGUCGUGAUCAAGAAGCUAUGCAAAAUCGACCGGUACUUACAAGCGGCCGAUAACCGCCACCCCAUGCCGGCCGAGAUCGAGCAGUCGACGCUGUCAACCACCACCCACCCCUACGUCCAACGCCAGCUGCCGCUGUACGACCACGUCAACGAGGGUUCGACAGCGUUCCCGCAGCUAUACGCCUUCCAGAUCCACGAGCUCCAGCCCCGUGAUGCCCGUGGCAAAGCCAUCGUGCCAGGGCCUGACGAGCCCAGACAAAAAGACGACAUCACGCUAUUCUACAAGUACUACAACGGCGGCACCCUCGGCCACCUAAUCCAGCACUACCGCGACUGGACUGGGGGAAAUAUCCCCGAAGUCUUCAUUUGGCACGUCCUAGCCGAAGUCGGCCGCGCCCUCUGCUGGCUGCACACAGGGUACACCCCGUCGCGGGCCUACAACCUCCAACACCAAAACCAUAUCUGGCAACCCAACCAACCCGUCAACGACGCCCGCCAGGGAAACCCGCCACCUCCCCAGCCUUGGCGACCCAUCUGCCACCAAGACAUGCACGUCUUCAACAUCUGGCUGCACUACCCGACCGAUGCCGAAAAACGCGCCGACCCCUCCCUCGAACGCUUCACCGACACCCUCCCGCAAAUCAUCCUCGGCGACUUUGGCAUGUCCUUCCAAGAGCACAACGACCGCUACGGCGAGCUCCGCGUGGCCGUUAACCCCGGCCUGCCGGAACCGUCGACAUGGAAGGAUAAGGGUGAACUGGGCAGGGCGUUGUUGUGCAUGAUGGUGCCGUCGUUUAAUGCAAGCGAAGAGAAUCUCGAAAGGCAGGACGGCGUGGAGGGGACGGAGCGGUUCCGGGUGGCGCCUACGAAUGAUAUCUACCAGCGCGGGUACAGUGACGAUUUGGUGAGGUGCUGGAUGGAGAUGCAGAGGUUGGUACCGACAGCCAUUGCGGCGACGUGGGAUGAGAUGCUGAUGCGGAGUCCACGGAGGACGGGGGAGGAUUGGGUGGAUUGGCCGCCGAAUGAUUUUGUGUUUGGGACGAUGAUCGCGCUGGCAGAUAGGUAUGUGGAUGCCUACCGGCGGGGUGAUGGGGCGAGGUCUGUUCGGUGGACACAGCCAUCGACGGCGUGCAUGCCGGUCAAGAGCAAGGCGGAGUGGAAUCCACUGAAAAGGCAGCAUCAGGAGGAUGUCCAGGCUGACCUGGAGAAGAUGAUUGAAAAAUAUUUCAGUCAGCAUUAUAACCUGAACACGGAAUGCGUGCAGAUUCAGCAGGCGCACAUCUUUGGCCGGAAACUGGAACGAGCAAUGAGGGGGGAAUGGAACCCGGCGACAGGGUCGGAUGAUGAUGAUACGGGCCACAAGAAGAGGAAGCGGGUGGAGGAGAAGAAGAAGGACGUGGAACAUGGUAACAAGAAGGCCAGGCGGGAGGAGGAGACUCCGGAUGAUUUGCUUGACUUUGAGGAUUACCAAGACACGGAUUUGCCCGAAGUACAUGUCGGUAGGGCCACAGUACAUCGUGUGCAAAGACUUACCGAAGAGCCGUUGCCGGUUCGGUUGCGGGAUGGGGAGAAGGAGCGGAAAAGGCAGACGGAAAAAAAGGAGGGAUUGCCGAUUCGGGUGUUGAAGCCAGAACAGUGA